CGGAAAAGGGUUUGUUGUGAUUGUCCUGGUUGUGUCCAACGUGUGGCUGGUGUGUCUCCGGUCAUGUGCACUGUAAUUUUACCAACAACAGACAUAAUGUCGGCUCCCGAGAGCCGAGAGGAAAACAGCGGGCAGGAGGAAGAGCUGAAGGGGACGAAAAGAAAGAUUUCUCUCUCUAACUGUGGCGUGUGUGGAUCAGAAGAGGCAAAGUACAGGUGUCCUGCCUGUCUUACACAUUCUUGCAGCUUGCUGUGUGUGAAGAAACAUAAGGAAGAUUCUGAAUGCACUGGGGUCAGAGAUAAAACUGCCUAUGUGUCCCUCUCACAGUUUGAUGAAAUGGCCCUCCUCAGUGACUACAGAUUUCUGGAGGACACAGGGCGAUUUGCUGAUGGCACCACCAGGGACAAUCUCAUCCGGGCUCCUCGUACCAGUGUUAAAGCAAAGAGGCUGGCAGCCAACGCCAGAAAGAUGAACAUCACACUGAGGUUCCUCCCCACCACCUUCACUAAGAGCAGAGAAAACUCGACCUUCUUCCUUGCAAAGGAAAAACAGUUCAUGUGGCACCUGAAGCUCAUCUUUCCUCAGAGCAGCACAGAGUUCAGUCAGAGGAGGGUGUCUGACAGGCAAACCUUGAAGCAGGUCUUGACCUCUUACAUCCACCCCUCAGAAUCCGACCCUGUGACACGACAAAAGUUGAAGAUGUAUGUGCAAGCCCCAUCUGAUCAUGUGAAAGUCUUCAUGAAGGCAGAGGGGAGAAAGGCUAACUCUGUGAGAUACCAUGAGUUGGACAUGCUGAAGAGCCUAAGGGACAACCUAAGUUACAAAACACUGAUUGAAUAUCCUGUGCUGCACGUUGUAUGCAGAGAACAUUGGAAGGAAUAUCCACUGAAAGGACCAGCUGAGCCUUCAUCAGCCCAGAGUAGUUUUUCAACAAAGAAGCGUGAAGGGGUGGACCAAGAGAAGGAAGAGGUGACCCAAGUUUCACCAUCUGUUCAAGGGUCUCGCACCACAGGAGGGACCAGCAUCUGGACGGGAACCCCAGAGACAAGCCCUGAAACUGAACCUCCACAGGAGAAAAGGGCCAAGAGAGAACCAGCAGAGAUAGAAGAGGGAGAGAUCGUUGACAGUAGUGGAGAAGAUAAAGAAGAGGGAGAAGGAAAUGCUGAAGAAAAUACCCGAUGUGAUAAAAGCUGUGGUCACGCCAAGAGCCCUGCUAAUGACAUGCAGGUGGUUAAAUAUGAGCGAGGACACAGUGUGGACAUUAAUGUUGAUGAUGGCAUUAAUAAACACAGUGACAGCAGCAGGGAUCAGUGUAUAAAUGAGGGCGUUGCUGGUUCCACUGAUGAUAAUUCAGCUGUCAUGGAGCGUGCUGAGGUCAGCAUGACUAAGGAGGAUGCUGUGGAAUAGUUGGGGCCUGUUCACACCCAUCACUGUCAAGAUGAGAAUGAAUCAGCUAAACCGGCUGACAGCUGUGGAUUGGAAUGAUAAUACCCAAAUGUUCAGGAUGAAAUGAAUGAGGAGGCAGACAUAUCUGACAGGAAGUCAUCAGUCAAGUGGCAGAAUACAGGAUUUUCAGUCUUUUUAUACAGAUUGUUGAACAGUGGUCUACCAGAUGUAUCAUGUAUACAGAGAAUCAUUUUUGUGUUAAUGUUUAUAAUUUAGGUUUAGCUUGUCUGUCUGGAAGCAUACUUUCUUAAAUAAAAAUGUUUUUUUGGAAA